CUAGCUAACUAGCUAGCCACAUUGGAGGAUGGCUAGCUAUGUAAAAUAUAUUAACCCGGUUGAUGUUAAGUUACUCACCGAAUGAUAUGUCUGAUGAUAAAUUAGCUAGUAACAACAGAGACGGUAAUGUUAGAUAAUUGGCAUUGCAACAAACCAACAUUGACUUCCGUAAACAAGCGGUUUUCUGAUUUGGCCCUACUAACGUUACGUGAUAUUUGUUAUGAUAUCUAAAUCGCCCUCUCCCCACAAUCUCGAAGUUGUUUGGUAGGCAGUGAGGACAAUAAUCACAAAGAAUAGAUGCCAGCAGUGACUUUAAAAGAUGUCAGAAGACGACUACUUCAGCUUCUGUAGCGUUAUAAUAUUCCCUCUUAACAAGCCGCUGCUGACAAAUUGCAGUGAUGGCGGAGGGGAGGAGUGGAGAGGACAUUGUUUCAGAGUACCUGGACCAGAACCCCCACCUGGUCGAGUGGGUGGAGUCACUCCGAGGAGGGCAUGAGACCAACAAGCAGUGGCAUGCCAGACGAGAGUUUUUCCUGAGGAACAUGGAGACGUUCCCCACAGUCCAGCCGGGCUUCCCCAGCCCCAGUCUGGACAGGCUGCUCUCACUGUCCAUAUGCUGGGCCAACCACAUCUUCUUGGGCUGCAGAUACCCUCAACCUGUCAUGGACAGGAUCAAGGAAAUGGCAGAGGGAGUGGUUGUCAAUGAUGCUCCAGUUCGAAAGACCAGAGAUGAAAUCUUGGGGAAAGGAAAGAGGACUGCAGGGGGCGACGACGACAGCUGCGCCAAGCGGACCAAGCCUGGGAACCCCUUCAAGCAAGGCCCUCCCCCGCAGGCACCGGCCGAGCACCAGCCCUUCUUCAACCGCCUCUACAAGGCUGUGGCGUGGAAGCUGGUGUCGGCAGGGGGCUUCGGCCCCAACCUGGACCACUUUGAAAUCCUGCGUGCCUGCACUGAGUCGUCCAAAGAGAGCCUGAGCUGCGUCUUUGUGCCCCUGAAGGACAUCCCCGACCUGCCUGCGGCGCGCUCCCAGAAGGAGGGCCAGGUGUGCGAGCUGCGCUGCCAGACAGUCUAUCUGGGCACGGGCUACGGGCGUGACGAGGCAGCCGCCAGGGCCAUGGCAUCCAAGGAGGCCCUCAAGGCCUUCCAGGGGCGCAAGGUGAUGGUGAAGAUCUGCCGGCGGCGGUUCAAUGGUAGGGAUGUAGAGGAUCUGGUGCUACUGGAUGAUCAGCCCAGGAACCCGGGCUUCCCUCCCGCUAUCAGCUACCCCUUCCAGCCAGAGCAGCAGGGAGACGGGCCGUCGUAGCACAGCCAUGGGUCAUAGAGUAUCCUCCGGGGGCCUUUCCAGGGUCAUGUUCAGUAGGCAUCAAAAUGUAGUAAAAUAGGGACGUAGGAAUGGGGGUUUGAAAUAAUUUCACAAUUUGAAUAGUAUAAUGAAUUUUUGUCAGAUAUUCGAAAUACAUGUGUUAUUGUUAUAUUUUGUUUGUUAGUUUUUUUUUUUUUUACCUGAGCACUGCUGCGGGAGGGAGAGAGGCUGGCGCUCUAUUGCUGCAGCUGCAGAGGGGGCGAACAGAUGGAUGGAGGGAGAGAGAGACACCAAGGCAAUUCAAUGUUAUUUAUUAUCCUAUAUAACAGUGCCUGUCUUGACUGGAGUAGCCUAGAGAAGCUAGCCAGCUAUAGCUAGCUAGGCUAAUUGAGGCCACAUGCUGAGCUUUUCCCCCAACCCCAUUCAGAUAAAACAACAGCCUACCUGUUGGUUGUUAUUCUUUCUCAUUUCGCUAAAUUUUAAUUCAGUAAUUUUAUUCCAUCUUGCAUUGCAUAAGUAAACUUUCAUUCCACUUGUUACACAUUUGGCCUCUUUUCCACGUUGAUUGGCCUACAUAAACAACAAGCUACACAUGGCUACCGGUCUUUUUAUAAAAACAACAUAAAAAAGUUAGUUUUAUUAAAUUAAUAAUUUGAAAUUUCUCACAAAAUGUUAUACUCACACAAGUAUUCGAAUACUAACGUCUGUUGGAAUAUUCGAAUAACCAUGCACAUCCCUAACUGGGAGGAACUACCUCUCCUGGUCCAAUAAUACAUGCUAAUUUCAGUUUCUCGUUCCGAAACGUUUUGCUACUGUGUGCCCUAAUGAACACGGCCCUGGUAUUUAGAAGUUGUGUGGGUUUGAAUGGAGCUGCUCUAUGAGUCAUACAGUACCACUGAAUGGAUGGACUCAAUGCAUCACCACCACUUAGUCGUUUUUACGCUUUUAUUAUUCUUGAGGAGCGUAUACCCAGUUCUUGUUCCAUAGGUCAUUUGGAUUCCUUCAGAGUGGGGAUGGUAAGAAGUUUAGUCCCUUUUAGUAUUUGUUGUGCCCGUCUGCUGCCUACAACAAUGGAGAAAUGUACACACUUCGUAAGGGUGUGGUUCACAAAAUGUCACCACAUUUUCCCUCCCUUUGCUUGGGUCUAUAGUCACGCCAUGCACUUUCCUUCUACGUCCUCUAGCUCAGGGCUCCGGGGUGAAGUUCCCCAUAGAUCUAGGAUCAGCUUCCUCUCCCUCAAUCCUAACCUUAGCCAUUAGUCAGGAAAAUGCUAAACUGCCCCAGGAUCAGCCUCUAGGUGCAACGUAACCCUACACCUAGCUCAGGACUAUGGUGGAUAGUGCGGCUGCACUGGGUCUGACCUUCAAGCCAUUUAAUCAGCUAUCUGAUUAACAACCCGACCACUAGACGAGGGACAUUUCUACCGUUUAUCAAUACCGUUAAUAACAUGCAACUAAUGAAUCCUGUGUGGCUCGUCAUUCGAGUUUUCUAUUGAUGCUUCAAAUCUCCCUGAGUGAUCACAUUACAAAUGUUAUGCUUUUUUUGUUUAAUGAAGUUACAAAGUUAGUCAUGGAAUGAGAAUGAGGUAUACUUUUGAUAAUUUAACACCGGCUCUCGUAUUUAAAAUGCACAAGUCCUCUGACAGAAUCAUUAUUUCAACUGUUGUUUUCUGUUCACAGUAGAAUGCAUUGUCACUAUUAUAACUCAGUGUGUUUGUCUGAAUACUAACGGAGGCAUCUUGUUUAGUUGUUCUGCAUGAUGUAGAUCUUGUUGAUGAUGGAACUUUGACAUUCAUUUAAAACCACUGUGUUCUAUUUUGUGUGAGGAAAGCUGUUGAGAAAAUGUCAGUUUUUGUUAUGUUUCUGAAUUGAUUCAGUAAUUCUAAAGGAGAUGAUUGGCGUUAAGCCAGGUUCAUAGAAUUGUAUGACAUGUUUGAUAGUGCUUGAGUCUUUACAUUCAAAAAUCAUCAAUGGAAGAUCGCUGCUGUAAUGUUUUGCUUUUCAAAGCUGAAUGAUAUGAAAUGGGUUGCAUUGAUGUGUAAAUGGCCACAAUAUUUAGUGACAUUUUACAUUUCUAUGAGCGGUCCCUGUUUCUAUAUUUUUGUUAAUAAAAAUAAUUUAAGAAUG